AUGCUAGUCCAACAGCCUCCUGUAUUAGUGAUAGGAAUGCUUGGCGGUACUCUGGGUGUGAGCGGCGUCUAUCACGAAUUCUAUGAGGUCCAUGUUGGCAAUGACGGUCUGAGAAUGGGUAAAUUCUUUGAGCUGGUGCUGUUUGGUGAAUGGAGUCGCUACCUUGAAUGGGGCCAUAAAGAUAUGUUGUGGGAAAUUAAUAACAGUUCCACGCGAGGUUGGGAUAGGAUGGAAGAGCUGAGAAAUAUGACUGUUAAGUUCGACAUUGCAUUAUGUGCGCGAACAUCUAUAUCAUGUUGCCUUUCUGGCAACUUUACCGACGAGACAUUGCCGGAAGACGCCAGAAUAAGGAAUGCCAUUAAGGCUAUGUAUCGGACGCUGGAUAUACAACCCAAACCACUAUCAGCUCAGCUGAAAACAAAUCUUUGGAGCUUCAUCGGCGAUCCUGCAGAUGUGCAUGAGGAUUCUGAUUAUGAUUGGGAUAGUUUCCUGUAUAACCCUGGGGAUUCGGAAGCUUCCAGAGAUUGA